GUGAAUUGUAGAAGGUUAUGUACGUCUGGGUAGUUGUGCGCAGCACUGAGAUUAGUGUGAAGUGACAGGCAUCUGUCUUGUAGAGGGACUGACCUCCGGUCUGUGCUCGCCAUGCUACCUCUCUGCAAGUAUACAGUGCAAGCACAUCACAGUUUGCAUUAUUUGACUCGGCUAAAGAAAGGCCUACCGACAUUCUGUGUCAAGAGAUGGUCUUCUUCCACCGUGCCUCGAAUUACCACUCAUUACUCCAUCCACCCCCGCGACCAGGACAAAAGAUGGGAAGAAGUGAGCAUGGAAAGGUUUGCAGAGGAAGCUGAUGUAGUGGUUGUAGGUGGAGGCCCUGCAGGCCUCUCUGCGGCUAUUCGACUUAAGCAGCUCGCAGCUGAGAGCAACAAAGAGAUUCGAGUGUGCCUGGUGGAAAAAGCGGCGCAGCUUGGGGGCCACAUUCUGUCAGGAGCCUGCCUGGAACCCAGAGCCUUACACGAACUUUUCCCAGACUGGAAGGAGCGAGGGGCACCUCUCCAUACCCCUGUUACUGGAGACAGAUUUGGAAUAUUAACCAAAAAAUACAGAAUACCUGUGCCUAUUCUUCCAGGUCUUCCAAUGAAUAAUCAUGGAAAUUAUAUUGUGCGUCUUGGGCAUCUUGUUAGUUGGCUCGGAGAACAGGCAGAAGCUCUUGGAGUGGAGAUAUACCCUGGAUAUGCUGCCGCAGAGGUACUAUUUAAUGAAGAUGGCAGUGUUAAGGGCAUUGCAACAAAUGAUGUAGGAAUACAUAAGGAUGGUUCACCAAAGUCAACCUUUGAACGGGGUCUGGAGCUGCAUGCCAAAGUAACCAUCUUUGGAGAGGGCUGCCAUGGGCAUCUUGCCAAACAGUUGUACAAGAAAUUUAAUCUCCGAGAGAACUGUGAACCACAGACUUACGCGAUAGGACUAAAAGAGCUGUGGAUUAUUGACGAGAAGAAAUGGAAACCAGGGUUGGUUGAACACACAGUGGGGUGGCCUUUGGAUAGACACACCUAUGGUGGAUCUUUCCUCUAUCACCUUAAUGAGGGUGAACCUCUUGUGGCACUUGGCUUUGUGGUCGGUCUGGAUUAUCAGAACCCAUAUGUGAACCCGUUUAGAGAAUUUCAGAGAUGGAAACAUCAUCCCAGUGUUGCACCUACGUUUGAGGGGGCAACCCGGAUUGCAUAUGGAGCAAGAGCACUAAACGAAGGGGGAUUUCAGUCCUUACCAAAGCUCACCUUCCCAGGUGGCUUAUUAGUUGGCUGCAGUCCUGGCUUCAUGAAUGUACCCAAGAUUAAAGGUACCCACACGGCUAUGAAGAGUGGCAUGCUCGCUGCAGAAGCCAUCUUUAAACAGCUGACCGAUGAGAACCUACAGUCAAGCACCCAAGGUCUUCAUGUUCCAGAGUAUGAAGAAAACUUGAAAAACUCGUGGGUGUGGAAGGAGCUCUAUGGAGUGAGGAACAUCAGACCUUCUUGUCAUGGACCACUAGGAUUAUAUGGUGGUAUGUUUUACACUGGAAUCUUCUAUUGGAUCUUCAGAGGAAAAGAGCCCUGGACACUAAAACAUAAAGGUUUGGACAGUGAUCAGUUGAAACCUGCAAAGGAUUGCACGCCGAUUGAGUAUCCGAAGCCUGAUGGAAAAAUAAGUUUUGACCUUCUCUCUUCUGUGGCUCUUAGUGGAACUAACCAUGAGCAUGACCAGCCUCCACAUCUAACACUACGGGAUGACGGCAUACCAGUGAACAGAAACCUAGCGAUAUAUGACGGGCCAGAGCAGAGAUUUUGUCCAGCAGGAGUGUACGAGUAUGUCCCUCUGGAAUCAGGCGAGGGGUCACGGUUACAAAUCAAUGCUCAGAAUUGUGUCCACUGCAAGACAUGCGACAUCAAGGAUCCAAGUCAGAACAUUAACUGGGUUGUCCCAGAAGGAGGAGGAGGUCCUGCCUACAACGGAAUGUAAAGGGUGUAUAAGCAGUAUCUGCUUAACUGCAUUUGAUAUUUGUCGGUGAUUAAAUGGUUCUUGAGAACUGGGAAAACUUAAUUUUGAAUGAACGUCAGACUGAAUUUAAGGAGUUUCCCUGCUUGCGCACAGUUGUAUUAAUAUACUAAGGGUGAAUGUG